AGGCACUGAAAUUACCCUCAGACCCCAGUCGAUCGUUGACCGAGUCUCAUACUUGUCCGUUUCGUUCUACAAACUAACACUUACCCCAUUUCACCAUGUGUGACGAGGAUGUUGCCGCUUUGGUCGUGGACAAUGGCUCCGGAAUGUGCAAGGCCGGAUUCGCCGGUGAUGACGCCCCCAGGGCCGUCUUCCCAUCCAUUGUGGGCCGACCCAGACAUCAAGGUGUGAUGGUCGGUAUGGGACAAAAGGACGCCUAUGUGGGCGACGAGGCCCAAUCCAAGCGUGGUAUCCUGACCCUGAAGUACCCCGUGGAGCACGGCAUCAUCACCAACUGGGACGACAUGGAGAAGAUCUGGCAUCACACCUUCUACAACGAGCUGCGUGUGGCCCCCGAGGAGCAGCCCGUCCUCUUGACAGAGGCUCCCCUCAACCCCAAGGCCAAUCGCGAGAAGAUGACGCAAAUCAUGUUCGAGACCUUCAACAUGCCCGCCAUGUACGUGGCCAUCCAAGCCGUGCUCUCGCUGUACGCCUCCGGUCGUACCACCGGUAUCGUGAUGGACUCCGGCGAUGGUGUGUCCCACACCGUGCCCAUCUAUGAGGGUUACGCUCUGCCCCACGCCAUCCUCCGUCUGGACUUGGCCGGUCGCGAGCUCACCAACUACCUCAUGAAGAUCCUGACCGAGCGUGGGUACUCGUUCACCACCACCGCCGAGCGCGAGAUCGUGCGCGACAUCAAGGAGAAGCUCUGCUACGUGGCCCUGGACUUUGAGCAGGAAAUGGCCACAGCCGCCGCCUCCACCUCCCUGGAGAAGUCCUACGAGCUGCCCGACGGCCAGGUCAUCACCAUCGGCAACGAGCGCUUCCGCGCCCCCGAGGCCCUCUUCCAGCCCUCGUUCUUGGGCAUGGAAUCCUGCGGCAUCCACGAGACCACCUACAACUCGAUCAUGAAGUGCGACGUGGACAUCCGUAAGGACCUGUACGCCAACACCGUCAUGUCCGGCGGCACCACCAUGUACCCCGGUAUCGCUGAUCGUAUGCAGAAGGAGAUCACGGCCCUGGCCCCGUCCACCAUCAAGAUCAAGAUCAUCGCGCCCCCGGAGAGGAAGUACUCCGUCUGGAUCGGAGGCUCCAUCCUGGCUUCCCUGUCCACCAUCAAGAUCAAGAUCAUCGCGCCCCCGGAGAGGAAGUACUCCGUCUGGAUCGGAGGCUCCAUCCUGGCUUCCCUGUCCACCUUCCAACAGAUGUGGAUCUCCAAGCAAGAGUACGACGAGUGCGGACCGUCCAUUGUCCACAGGAAGUGCUUCUAAGCUUUAUAUUUACCUAUUCUUCGUCCAACACGGAAGUUUCUAUCCUGUGCCAUUGUUAUGUUAUUGGAACGUUGUUCCAAAGAAUUUCUAACAGAAGAGCCAAAUGCCAAUUCAAUUAGGAAAGCAAAAUAAGAAACGGACAAGUUUUCAAAUUCAA